AAACCCCGAUGUGGAGUCUCUGGCUGAGAGCCCGAAGCUGCUGAGCGGCUGCCCCUCCACCCCCCCACCCGCGAGUGUUCUCCGUGUUUUCCUGGGGUUCGGGAAGCAGCGGCGAACAGUUCCCACGUUCGACCCCUGUACUCCCGCUAAAACCGAUGCGGGGGAGCAGCCGAGGUCCGCCAAACAGUGCGUUUCAUUGUCCCUUUCUGGCAAACAGUAGCCGAGGGGAGACCUUCCAUCGUGUUUAUACAAGAUCCAUGGAUCAGCUUACAUCUUGAAUCCGCAUGCCUUCCAUUUACAUGUUGAAUCAACAUUCACUGUGCACGUCCUCACCUCAUUUACCUAGUCUUGUUUUACUCUCCUCAUUUUAAUAAAUUAGUAAAAGAAAAAGAGCAAUCUCCGUCUCACAAUGGCUUCCGCUUCCCCAAUCAAAGUCGAGUACCAGGGCCGUGUGGCUAUCAUCAGCAUAAACAAUGAGAAGAAGCUGAACGCCCUCAGUCAGGCUGGGUACUACGACCUCGCUCAGGCAAUGCGCGAGGUUGCCACCCACGACGAGGUGUUCAUCACCCUGCUCAUCGGCACGGGCCGCUUCUUUUCCGCCGGCGCGGACGUCUCCCUCUCGCGCCCGUCGCCCUCCUCCUCCACCGACAACAACAACAGCACCACCAUCCCCACCCACCAGCACUGGCUCCAAUCCUUCGUCGCCUUCAACCUCAACCUCACCCAAGCCUUCUACACGCACCCCAAGAUCCUCGUCAUCGGCCUCAACGGCCCCGUAGUCGGGCUGUCAGCAGCGCUAGUAGCCUUCGCCGACUUUGUGUACGCGGCGCCGCACGCCUUCCUACUGACGCCCUUCAGCUCGCUCGGGCUCGUGACCGAGGGCGCGGCGUCGCGCGCGCUGGUGCAGCGCCUGGGCAUUGCCAAGGCGAACGAGGCGCUGAUCAUGAGUAAGCGGAUCAGUUGUGAGGAGCUGGUGGCGGUUGGGUUUGUGAAUAAGGUGUUUGAGGGGUGUGGGAAGGGGGAGGAUGGGAAGUUUAGGGGGUUGGUGCUGCGGGAGAUUGAUGAGCGGUUGGGGGAGCAUUUGGUCGGGGAGAGUUUGUUGGGGAUUAAGAAGUUGAUUCGCGGGCCGGAGAGGGAUGUUAUGGAUGUGCAAAACGUGAAGGAGGUGUUUGCUGGGCUGGAUAGGUUCGUGAGUGGGGUGCCGCAGGAGAUGUUUAGGCAGAUAGCGACUGGGGCGAAGAAGCACAAAUUGUAGGGGGGUUAUAUGUUGUGUGUAUUGUAGUGGUAG